ACACGCUCCUCCUCUCGCUCUCCUCCUCCGUGGUGCCGCUGUUCUCUUCCAUCCCCAUCACAGGCCGCUCAGCGCUCACAGGAUGGAGGCCCUGAUAAAUGAGUGGCUGUGGCAGGAGAAGUACUGGCUUCCCCCGGGCGUCCGCUGGCAGGACAUUGAGAUUAAGGAGGGCGACGGCCGCAUUCCUUUACCCAGGGAUCUCAUCUACACUUUGCCACUGGCCUUUACCUUUAUAGCUCUUAGAUAUGUCUUUGAGAGGCUCAUUGCUUUCCCGUUUAGCAAAUAUUUAGGUGUGAAGGAUCAGAUUCGUGUUCGAGCUGCUUCCAUACCAAAGCUGGAGAUCUUCUAUAAACAGAACAGCCGGCAACCAUCGCAAAGCGAUGUGGUGAACCUGGGGAAACAAUGUGGCCUCUCACAGAGAAAAAUCCAGACCUGGUUCAGACACAGAAGGAACCAGGAUCGACCCAGCAAUACCAAAAAGUUCUGCGAGGCCUCGUGGAGGUUCGUCUUUUAUCUUGUAGCAUUCACAGCCGGGCUUGGCUCUUUAAUUAAUAGCCCGUGGUUGUGGGACCACAGAGAAUGUUGGCGAGGAUAUCCCAAACAGCCCGUGGCUGAGGCUCAUUACUGGUACUACGUCUUGGAAAUGGGUUUCUAUUUGUCGCUGCUAAUGUGCGUGUCUGUGGAUGUCAAGAGAAAAGAUUUCAAGGAACAGGUCAUUCAUCACAUCGCCACCCUGUUUCUCAUUGGUUUCUCCUACUGUGCAAACUAUGUGAGAGUUGGCACUCUGGUGAUGCUGGUGCACGAUUCUUCGGACUUCCUUCUCGAGUCUGCCAAGAUGUUUCACUAUGCUGGCUGGACCAGGACAUGUGACUCACUCUUUGUCGUCUUCGCUCUUCUUUUCCUUGUCACAAGACUGGUGGUAUUUCCUGGCAGAGUGGUCUAUACUACACUGGUGGUGUCUACAGAGUUCUUCCAGCCCUUCUUUGGUUAUUAUUUCUUCAAUGCCCUGCUGUUAGUGUUGCAAGCCCUGCACAUCUUCUGGGCAUAUCUUAUCCUGCGCAUGGUCUACAAGUUUGUCUUUUUGGGCAAGGUCGAGCGUGAUGAGCGUAGUGAUGAGGAGAGUGAAGUGGACGAUGAAGAGGAGGAGCAUGAAGAAGAUGGGGAGGAAUGCAGCUGGCAGCAGAGGAAGGGUACAAUUAACUCCAAAUUAGCAUCGCUGGCUAACAACUGUGUCCUGAACAACCUGACUAAUCAGAGGAAUAUGAACAGCAGACUCCCCAAAGCCAGAUAGUGGAGAAGCCUCACCUGAAGUCGUGUUCCCCAUUGCCUAUACUGGAGAUUCACUGUUUUCUGACACAUGAUACAUUUCACAUCAGGGUAGGUCUGCAUCGUAUUUAUUCAAAAGAGAGGUCAAAAGAGACACCAAUGAUUGUAAAUCUUACACUUUGUGUUGUACGAUUAAGGAGAAACAGCAUCAUUACUUUCACCUUUUGUAAAAUAAACUGGCAAAACAAGCAGAGGGUUAAAAAAACAAUCCUUCACAUCUGAUCAUCAGAGUUUGUAUUUAUGCUGUUUGUUUUCAUUGUAUUAUAUUAGCUUGUUUGUAAAUACCUAGUGUAGAAACUUCAUUCAUCCGUUCAACAAUCGAAACCAAGUGUUUUGUACAAAAACAUCCAGCUGUGUGAUAGACUGUGUAAUGUUUUUUUUAAACCGAGCAAACUAAAGCUUGAAUGAGGUGGUACUUCACUCCUCAGGCUUUGUGUCCACACGUGGCUCAUUGUACAGAAACUAGUACAAACAUUGAUUGUAAAUUUGUCGGCAAACCACUUUGAAGACUAUUUUUAUGAAGCCUUUACUCAACAGAUAGUUUCUACAUUGUGUUAGUACGUGGAAAACUACAAAUUACAUUGUUCUGUGGAUGUAGACAGUUGAGCUUGAUUCUUAAAAGUGAUGUGGCGCCCCCUAGUGCACAAAGAAGAACAUAUCCUUGUAGAGACACCACCCCGUGUCUCAAAAUUGAUGCCUGUAUGUGUGUGUGUACUUGCAUUUGUUUCCUUUUUUUAGGACAUAUCCUGGCAUAAACACUGAUCUUGUCAGGACAGUAGUCCUCAUGGAGACUUGUACCUAAUGAGGCAGAACCUCAUUUUUGGUUAAUUGGUCAAGUUUAGGGCUAAGAUUUGAAUUGUGGUUAGGUUAAGAGUAGGAUUAAGCAUUAACUGGUUAUGUUAAGUUUGGGGAUAACGUUUUGUUUAGGCUGUCUGAAAGAACGGAAGUCAAUGAGAGUCCUUAAAAGGAUAGCUGUGCGAACAUGUGCUCACAGGUGUGAUGUUCUACUUUAAAUAUAAUGACAGACAUUAUGCGUUCUCAGUGAUGUUUUUGUUAAGGUUAGCUCUGCUGUCCCUUGUUUUGUGCCUUGGCUGCUGUUUUAACACUGUUAUGUGAUGAACACUUGAUAUUAAGCUCUGUGUGUGAAUACUUUUACCUGUUUACCAGACACCUGGACCAGGCCUUGCUGUGUUCAUGUUAGUUUUGAAAUGUAGGUGAGGCUGGUAACAUCUGGGUGAGCCAUAAAGAAAAUGGGCAUUAGAUAUGCAUUGUGAAAUGUUAGCUAUUUUAGAUAGUGGCAUUGUCAAAGGUGUAAUGGUUUAUGGUUUAGAUCAAGAAAAGCCUAUGAAAUGUAAAGAUUUAAUCAUUUUUAUAUACAGUAAGUAAGGACAUUUUUUGUAAUGCUUUACAGGGAACAAGAGAUCAUUGGAUUUUACAUGCAUUUAUCUAACAUACUUGAACCCAGACUUGACAGGUGUCUGUAAUGUUGUUUGGCUACAGAUUCACAGGUUUUUGAUCAUCAGGACUGUUAAAAAAACAGAUAAUGUUCAUAGAUAACACCACUUAUCAAACACUAUGAAAAACUGCUGUUACGUUUUUGUAGGAAAACGAUGUAGGAAAGGUGCUCUGGUUUCUGUCUCUGUACUGAAUCUGACUUUGAAAAGGGACGUAAUUACUGUACCUACUGUGCAUUGUAAUGAUCCAGAAAAUUUAAAGGGCUGAUCCACUGAAUUACUUAAUGACCCCCACUACAAUAUUAUUUAUUUUAUUAAAGAAAAGUAUAAAAUACAAUACUAGCAAAUAGCAGGAGAACUGUUAUGUAUCCGCUUAUGUUACACUUGACUCUUACCGUAUGAGUGUACAUGGAUGCUUUGUUGGUUGUGUGGGAAGUUGAAGUUUUAAUAAAUUCUGUUGUAGAAAUUUGCA